ACCCCGGAAGUGUACGCCCUACCUGUACAAUCACGUGACAUUAGCCACAGCAUCGUUCCAUCACUUGUUUACUACUAUUUACCGCCUUAAAUCCCAUAUAUUGUGUUGUAAUGUAAACUUGUGAAGAAUGGAGGGCGAUGAACAGCUACGGUCUUUCACGUUUUUGAUGACUUAUAUGCUUCUGAAGCGCCGGAGAGACUUAAACAGCGCGGAAGUUCAGAGGCGCAAUGAGCUCCAGAGGCGCGCCCGACAGCGACAGUACUUCUUCCAGAGACAGAGGAGGAUGAUGAUGAUGAUGAUAGCAGGGGGCGUUCGCUCCAGCGUUCAUAUCCGCACACGCCCCUGGACGACUGUCCUGAGCACGGAUUGGUGGGAGCGCGUAGCGAUGACUGAAUUCCAGCCCUCCGAUUGGCUGGACAAGUUCCGAAUGAGCCGCGAGACCUUCUUCUACAUCUGCAACAAGCUGCGCUCCCGCCUGACCCGCCAGGACACCAGCUUCCGCCUGGCGCUGCCCGUGGAGAAGCGCGUGGCGGUGGCUCUGUGGCGCCUGGCGUCCAAUGUUGAGUACCGCACCAUCAGCGCCCUGUUCGGCGUGGGGAAAUCCACCGUGUGCAAAUGCGUCCGGGACAUGUGUCACAGCAUCGUGGCGCUCCUCAGCGCCGACUACCUGCGCUCGCCCACCAAGCAGGAGCUGGAGGAGUCGGCCCAGCUCUUCUUGUCUCGCUGGGGCUUCCCGCACUGUGCCGCCGCCAUAGCAACGCUCCACACGGCCAUCAUCACGCCCUCCAACAACGCAUCGGACUACGUUAACCCCGCUGGCUGGCUCUCUGUGCUGUCUCAGGUGGCGGUGAACGGCCAAGGGCUGAUCUGGGACGUUUGCGCCUGUUUCCCAGGAGGGACGGAGCCCGCUGACAUCUUACAGAACUCAGCGCUCUGGGCCACAGCCGCGGAGGGUGGACUGUCACAAGCGCCGCCUUCUUUCUUCAUGGGGAAGCAACUCGGCUACGUGCUACUCGGGGAGGCAUGCUACCCUCUCCAGAGCUGGCUCAUGAAGGCCUACGCCGACAAAAGGCCCACCAGGGCGUGCCCCGUGGCGCUGACGGAGCGACAGCAUGUCUUCAACCAGCGACUCCGUAGAGCGCGCCUCGUCUCCCAGGAGGCGCUGCUGAGGCUGAAGGCGCGCUGGCAGUGCCUGAGCAAGAGGAACGACUGCGGCCUGGACGUGGUGCCCACCAUGAUCCUGGCCUGCUGCAUUCUGCACAACGUGUGCGAGGCUCACGGCGACGCCUUCAACGGGGAGUGGCUGGCCGAGGUGACCGAGGCGGAAAGCCCCCAGCCGAGCUACGCAGAGGCCGCCGCCAGCGCCGGCGAACCGACUCAGGCGGAGGAGAUCCGGCAGCUCUUUUGUGACUAUUUUCAACAGACUGGCUGAACUGUCAAUUGAAAACGCUCCCAUACAUUUAUUUACUUGUGGCCCACCGAGAUGCUCUU